ACGUACGUUCACGGGUUGAAGAGGAUUCCUCGCAUCAGAUUCCCUCAGCGUCAUUUAAAAUCUUCAGAGGGCACAAAGCAGCAGGUGGAGAAUGAGGGUGAUACGUUUUUCUUCUCCAAUCUCAACACCCCAAAGACUAUAAUAGGUGGGAAGGCAUCUCUGCAGCCUAAGCGCACCCCAGUUUCAACCCAAGAAAUGGAAGCCAUACUCUUGGGAGGUUGCAUCUGAUCAUUUUAACAUCAUCUAUUGACGAGAAAUGGUGGACCUCUUCUCUUCUUCGUCGGCCAUUAAUUCACAGGAUAUACUUAAGAGUCAGGAUUUGGUUAUAUAUAAAUUGAUGUCAGUGACACAGAACUAAAACAACUUUCCCCAUUGCGAUCUUAAAUGUUUUUUACUCAUUUUCACCAUUGAUUGAGUACAUUUUAAUCCUUGUUAAUGCAUCAAUGUUUUGGAACUCA